UCAUUCAAAUCAAACAACAACUUUCUUUCAAUCUCAACUAUCUUUACUUGUCUUGAGAUCUAGUUAUCUCGACAACACUUUCAUUCAAACACAACCACUUUACGAUCUGUCGAUCAGAUUCAACUAUCUUUGAAAACACACAUCUUCUUCAAUCCAUCUUUAUCAAACCACAAUGCUGUUCUCCAAGAUCGUUUCCGUUGCCGCCUUGGCCACCCUCACCUCCGCUCUUCCCACUCCCACCAGCGGCUCUGUUGUCCGUCGCGACGGUGGAGGCGUCAACAUCAUCAACAACCUGGAUGACACCGUUUACGCGUGGUCUGUCACUGAUAGAGUCAGUGACAUGCAUACCCUCUCUGCGAACGGUGGAAACUACCAGGAAGGAUGGCGCACCAACGACAACGGCGGUGGCAUCUCCAUCAAGCUCUCCACCACGGAGGAGCAGAAGGAUGUCCUCCAGUUUGAGUACACCCAGAGCGGCGACACCAUCUUCUGGGACAUGAGCUGCAUCGACAUGUCCCCCGACUCGGUGUUCACCAAGAACGGUUUCGCCGUUGAGCCCUCCCACGUCACCGAGACUUGCCCGACUGUCAACUGCCAUGCGGGCGAUACCAACUGCGCUGAGGCUUAUCUCCAGCCCAAGGACGACCAUGCCACCCACGGUUGCCCGAUCGACACCACCUUCACUCUGAAGGUGGGCAACUAGAUUGUCUCUUGGAUCGGGAACUAGUUCGUUCGUUCGUUUUGAGGUCGUUCUUCAAUACGUCGUUCGUUUGAAAGCCUACAGCACAUUCAAAUGUCUACAAC